AUGGAGAGAGGAGGAAUAUUGGCUGUGUAUCUGCUGAGCUGGUGCUGCAGUGUGUGUGUAGUUACAGCCAUUCAGAGGGCUGAUAUGUUUCCUUAUGGCACUUUAAGUGGAGAUUUAAUUUUGGCAGAGGGCGACGAUGAAACCUCCAGAGUGCUGUCCCUGCCCAGACCCCUGUACUUCUACGACUCCUCGUUCUCACAGCUUUAUGUGGCCACCAAUGGUAUAAUAUCAGCCCAGGACCUGCCGAUGGAAAAGCAAUACGUUGACGAUGGCUUCCCCACAGAUUUCCCCGUGGUCGCCCCGUUCCUGGCUGACAUCGACACAAGCGGAGGGCGAGGACAGAUUUACUACCGGGUGACCGAAACACCCAAUGUACUCAACAGAAUUACCCAGGAAGUACAUCGAGGGUUCCCAGAUGCAAAAUUCACACCCACACAUGCUGUGGUGGCAACAUGGGAGAACGUUGCGGCGUAUGAGGAACAAACCCGAACCACUGGACCUUCAAACAGGCUCAACACCUUCCAGGCAGUCAUUGGUUACGACGAAACUGACUCAUACGUUCUCUUCCUCUAUCCUAAAGAUGGCCUGAACUUCUUUGGGACCAGACCCAAGGAGUCUUAUAAUGUUGAGAUAGAGCUUCCUGCUAGAGUUGGUUUCAGCAGAGGAGAAAUCACAUAUCUGAUCUUCUCCCGAACCGAGGGACCUUACUACAGCGUCACCAGCGAUGAACAGAGUGUUAAAAACCUCUACCAGGUCGGUAAUACAGGAAUACCAGGUGUCUGGCUUUUCCACACUGGGAAGCGUUACUCUUUCGACAAUAUUGUUCCCGCAUCCAUCGGGGGCCUCCUCGCUACUCCGCCCCACGGAGAGUACGGCAUCUCCCUGGAAACCACCACCCCUGAGUACGAUGACUAUGCAGACAACGGCUUCGACCCCAAUAACCAAGAGGAAGAAGAUGAUGACUACCCCCUGACAGGUGGGGAGCCCGCAUUCCAUCCAAGCCCUGACCCUCCUUCUUCCCCUCCAGAGGAUUCAGGUCGUCAGGCACCGUACGGCAGUGAAGAUAUACCUCUGACCUCUGAACCCAGGUACAACUUAGAGCCAGCAGAGAGGCAGUACGCUCCCCUUCAUCCUCAAGAGACCGUCCCAGAGAGAGAUGCUGAGCAGCCCCAGGAAGAACAGCUUCCUCUGGAAGUGGUGGAUGUCUACCCCCCUCACAGAAAUCAUCCCCCCAGAGGUCACGUAGUCGACGUGGAUGAGGACGACGUUGAUUUUGACACAGGAGGAGUGAUUCACUACACCACAGAGAACAAGGAAACAUGUGCCAGAUUCCAACAGCAGUGCUCCCAGAAUGCAUUUUGCUCAGACUACCCCACAGGCUACUGCUGUCACUGCCAGGCUGGCUUUUAUGGAAAUGGACGCCACUGUCUACCUGAUGGUGCCCCCCAGCGUGUUAGUGGUAAAGUGAGCGGUACCCUGACUGUAGGAUCCACUCCAGUGGAGCUGAACAACAUUGAUCUCCAUGCCUACAUCGUGGUGGGAGAUGGGAGAGCGUACACUGCCAUCAGCGAGGUACCCGAGCCCGUGGGCUGGGCUCUGAUGCCAGUUGCACCAAUCGGAGAGCUGUUUGGAUGGCUGUUUGCUCUGGAGCUGCCCAACAGCCAAGCAGGAUUCAAAAUCACAGGUGCAGAGUUCAUUCGCCGUGCAGAGGUGAUCUUUUACCCCGGCAACGAGCACCUGUCAAUCAUCCAGACAGGCCGUGGCCUCGACGACCACAAUCACCUCACUGUGGAUACUCAAGUCAGCGGCAACGUGCCUUUCAUCCCCCCUGGAGCUGAAGUUACCAUGGAACCCUUUAAGGAGACCUACCAAUACUACCCAUCUGUUGCCACCUCCACCUCAGUGAGGGAGUUUUUAGUCGUCUCAGCAGAGCGAGGGUCCGAGUCCUUCUCAUUCCAGCUGAAGCAGAACAUCACAUACCGCGACUGUCGACACGACAACCACGCCCCCACCGUGGAGACACUGCAGAUCACCAUGGAGAGGGUGUUUGUGAUGUACGUCAAGGAAGAGCGGAUCCUGAGAUACGCCAUCACCAACAAGAUCAGCCCAGUCGGAGUGGAGCCCACAGAGCCGGAGUUGGUCAACCCCUGCUACGCUGGAAACCACGACUGUGACACCACGGCUCAGUGUAUCCCACUGGAGGGCCAGGCCUUCAACUGCCAGUGUGCUACCGGUUAUAGAGGAGAUGGACGCAACUGUUAUGACAUAGAUGAGUGCGCUGAGAACGUGAACACAUGUGGUGCUCAUUCUCAGUGUGUGAACCUACCUGGUAGUCAUCGCUGUCAGUGCCAGAGCGGUUACGAGUUUGGCUACGACGGGCGUACCUGUGUUGGACCAACAAAUCGACCAAAGAGUCAGUGUGAGCAGCACAGAGAUAGUCUGCAGAGUGGAGCGGAGCAUGGUGGGAGACCAAGUAUUGGAGCCUUCAUCCCUCAGUGCGACUCUGACGGACAAUACAGAUCACUGCAGUGCCACGGCUCCACUGGACAUUGUUGGUGUGUUGACAGUAGGGGGCAGGAGAGAGCAGGAACCAGGACUCCACCUGGUACAGCACCGACAGACUGUGACAGACAAGUUGAACCAGAUCGUUUCAGAACUCGGUGUCAGGAACACAGAGACAGCAUACAGACCACCAGCCCAGAGGGGUAUCCUAUUAUUGGAGUCUAUGUACCACAGUGUGAUGAUAGUGGAGAGUACACACCACUGCAGUGCCACGGUUCCUCUGGACAAUGUUGGUGUGUGCACAGUAGCGGGCAGGAGAGAGCAGGAACCAGGACUCUACCUGGUACAGCACCCAAAGACUGUGACAGACCAGAGCGCCCUAAAACUCGCUGUGAGCACCACAAAGCCAGCAUACAGACCACCAGCCCAGAGGGCUAUCCUAUUAUUGGAGUCUAUGUACCACAGUGUGAUGCUGAUGGACAGUACACACCACUGCAGUGCCAUGGCUCCACUGGACAUUGCUGGUGUGUAGGCAAUAGUGGAGAGGAAAGACCAGGAACCAGGACUUUACCUGGUGCACCACCUAAAGACUGUGACAAACCAGAUGAACCAGAGCGUCCCAAAACUCAGUGUGAGCACCACAGAGACAGGGUACAGACCACCAGUCCAGAGGGGUAUCCGAUUACUGGAGCCUAUGUACCCCAAUGUGAUGCUAGUGGACAGUACACACCACUGCAGUGCCAUGGCUCCAAUGGAUAUUGCUGGUGUGUGGACGAUAGGGGGCACGAGAGACCAGGAACCAGGAUGCCACCUGGUACAGCACCAAAAGACUGUGACAGACCAGAUGAACCAGAGCGUCCUAAAACUCACUGUGAGCACCACAGAGACAGCGUACAGACCACCAGUCCAGAGGGCUAUCCUAUACCAGGAGCAUUUGUACCUCAGUGUGAUGCUAAUGGACAGUAUAGAUCUCAACAGUGUCAUGGUUCCUCUGGACAUUGCUGGUGUGUGGACAAUAGGGGAGAGGAGAGACCAGGAACUAAGACACCACCUGGUACAACACCCAAAGACUGUGACAAACCAGAUGAACCAGAGCGUCCUAAAACUCACUGUGAGCACCACAGAGACAGAUCACAGACCACCAGUGCAGACGGGUAUCCUAUUGCUGGAGCCUAUGUACCACAGUGUGAUGCUGCAGGACAGUACAUACAACUGCAGUGCCACAGCUCCACCGGAUAUUGCUGGUGUGUCGACAAUAGGGGGCAGGAGAGAGCAGGAACCAGGACUUCACCUGGCGCAACACCCACAGACUGUGACAAACCAGUUGAACCAGUGCGUCCUAAAACUCACUGUGAGCAGCGCAGAGACAGCGUACAGACCAGCAGCCCAGAAGGAUAUCCCAUCCCAGGAGUGUUUGUACCUCAGUGUGACACUAAUGGACAGUAUACAUCUCAGCAGUGUCAUGGUUCCAGUGGACAUUGUUGGUGUGUGGACAGCAGCGGGCAGGAGAGACCGGGUACCAGGACUCCACCUGGUACAACACCCAACGACUGUGAUAAACCAGAUGAACCUCAUCGUUCCAAAACUCAAUGUGAGCACCACAGAGACAACGUACGAGCUGUAGCUGGAGCAUAUGUACCUCAGUGUGAUGGAGAAGGCCAGUACCUAUCUCGACAGUGUCACGGUUCCACUGGACAUUGUUGGUGUGUGGAAAGGCAUGGUCAGGAGAAAACAGGAACCAGGACUCCAGCUGGUGUAGCACCUGUAGACUGUGACAGACCAGCCCCCGUGGGUCCCACCCAGCGCCCCGAGAGCGUGUGUGAGCGGUGGAGGGCCAGUUUGAUUGAGCACUACGGCGGGAAACCCGAGCCGCAACAAUACCUGCCUCAGUGCGAGCAGGAUGGACAGUUCAGUCCAGUCCAGUGUUACAGUGAGAGCACCUACUGUUGGUGUGUGGACCAGGACGGGCGAGAGGUUCCUGGCACCCGAUCACAUGACGUUGUCAAACCCGCAUGUCUUCCCUCAGUGGCCCCGCCCACCGUACGUCCACUCCCCCGCCCAGAUGUGACCCCUCCCACUAACACUGAGGUCACACUGCUGUACGCUCAGGGACAGAAAAUAGGAGCGCUUCCUCUAAACGGGACCAGACUGGAUGCAAGCCGCUCUAAAACACUACUGACUUUACAUGGUUCCAUAGUUGUUGGUUUAGCAUACGACUGCAAAGACAACCACGUCUAUUGGACAGAUUUGUCUGCAAGGACUAUCAAUAGAGCAUCAAUGGCACCUGGAGCUGAGCCUGAGAUACUCAUCAACACGAACCUGGUCAGUCCAGAAGGUUUGGCGGUAGACGUUAAGCGUAGGAUGAUGUUCUGGGUCGACUCAAACCCAGACCUGAUCGAAACCGCCAACCUGGAUGGCAGCGGGAGGAGGGCGCUGUUCGACACGGACUUGGUCAACCCCCGAGCCAUCAUAGUGGUCUCCUCCACCGGCACUCUGUACUGGACAGACUGGAACCGAGAGGCUCCAAAGAUUGAGUGUUCAUCAGUGGACGGUCAGAACCGCAGAGUGGUGGUGUCUGAUGGGAUCGGUCUGCCAAACGCUUUAACAUACGACUCUUCAUCUGGACAAAUCUGCUGGGCUGACGCAGGUACAAAGCGUUUAGAGUGUAUAUCUCCGGAUGGUUCCGGUCGAAAAGUGAUCCACCCCACGCUCAACUACCCGUUCAGCAUGGUCUACUACAGGAACCACUUCUACUACACUGACUGGAGGAGGGACGGAGUGAUUGCAGUGAGCAAAGGCAGCAGUCAGUUCACUGAUGAAUACCUGCCUGACCAGCGCUCUCACCUCUACGGCAUCGCCAUAGCAACGUCCCACUGUCUAUCAGGGAGCCACUAACGACGGAGAGGCAGCCGCAGGGUCCUUUUGGUGCUAAAAAGUUCUGGGGCGACUCCUGAACAGAGGGCAGGACCACCCUUCCCAGCGUCAGAGCAAAUUUACAACCCCCACCCACCCAAGCCCCCUUAUCUCACCUUAAAGAUAUAACCCCCGAAAAUUAAUGUUUUGUAAAUUUGUUUUAUACCUCAUUUUUAGUUUUUUUUUUCUACUGUAUUUUUGUAUGUUUUUUUUCUUUUUUCUAUCCAUCGAUUUUAAAGCUACCGAACAAUGAAAUCAGAUUUUUUUUUAAUGUAUGUGAGCGUAGGUUUUCUGUUCUUUUAAAGCCAAAGAAGAAUGACACAAAGAGCUUUAAGACGUUGAAAUGUUCGAGCCAAAGUCCUGUCGUGAAACUGAGCAUCAGCUUUGAUAUUUUUAUUAUUAUGGUCGUCUGGCCACAGAGGCUUUUAAAUUCUGUUUCACCAGUCCACAAAUACAUAUAGUGUUUAAAGGAAUAGUUUGACUUUUUGGGAAAUAUUCACUCUCCUGCUGAGAGCUACAUCUGAGGGCAAUACUAGAAUAAAAACUCAGAUAAGCUGAAUCUAAACUGAGCUCAUCUACACAUGUUUUCAUCUAAUUUUUGGCAAGAAAGUGAAUAAUAAUUUUUCAGACUCUUCCUUUAAAUACACGACAACACAACUGAAGAAACUUGACUGAGAAUAUGACAUUUACAAGAAUUUGAUGAAAUUAAACAUCUGGAAUAAUCGUUACUGAGGAUUAAUUUCUGUUUACUGAUCAUUGUUUACUGGAUUAGAAAUGGAAUUUUCAUGUUGGAUAACACACUCCAUAAAAUAUGAAGUGGAACAUCAGUGUUAUUGUGUAAUAAUGUGUUACCCUCCCUCCGCCCUGUGAGCCAGAGUCAGAACACAGAAUCUACAGUCCUGCUUCAUUUCUCUGCACUACUAAUCUGGAUGUCACACAGUGAUGAAAAUGACGUUACAUUCUUUCUCCUUUUUUUUGCCAAAUAUUUUCACUACUACUACUUUUUGAAAUCUUUUUAUCUUUUUAUAAGAUGUGAUAUUUAUAACAAUAAAAAAUGUGAUUUGGUACUUGACAGAUUGUUUGGAGGUUAUUGCUUCACAUGAAAAAUGAUCACAGCACAGGAGCCAAAAGUCUGUUCAACUGUAUUUAUGGAUUUCCUCAUACAGCUUCACUUUAAACCUUCUCAAACUCGCUCUGUCUUCCAACAGGAAAAAAAAAAAAGUCCAAAAA